UCUUCGUUAUUGUCAUAGUACCGUAGUCAAAUUGGGACAUAGGACGUCAAAAUGGCUCCCCCUGUCAAAAAUUCCAACAAACGGAAUCCGAACUCGGCAAAUGCAGCUGCAAAGCCCAAGCCGAGCACCAAGCGGGCCAAGGAGCUCAAUCCUCUCAAUGGAAAACCAGCUCGUCGUCCGGAUCAGCCGAAAAAGGUCAAGCUUCGCGACCAGAAAUUUAUCCCUGUGCCAGAAUCGGCUUUCUUAGGCAAGGGGAAAGGCAAAGCUCGUGCGGUUGAUGGCGAAGGCGACUCUGGAGAGGAUUCUGCCGGGGAGCAGGGGGAGGAUGAUGACGAGGAUGAAGACGACUUGGGGAUGUUGGUGGAUGGAGAGGAUGACGAGGCCAUGGAGUACAUCAAGGCUGGAGGCGCUAGCUUUCUGACGGGACUUGAUGCGAAGACGAUCAGCAGAUCGAAGAAGGAAACCGAGAGACUUCACGAGCUAGACAAGACGAAAGAACCUCUACCGAAAAGAGCCAAACGCAAAGCGGCAUCCCCUUCAUUCUCGGAUCUCAGUGAUGCCGAGCUGGACACGGACUUUGACUCUGAAUUGGAUUCCGAACUUGACGACGAGGAUCUCGACUUGGAUGACUCGGAUCUCGAUGAGAAGGUGAACCAGGAGUACGAGGAAGAAGAGAAGAAGCGGGUCCGCAAGAAGCCCAAGGUGACGGAGGCUGACGACCUGGAAGAGUCGUAUGCGGCCCUGGGCAGGAAGCGGAAGGAAAAGCAGCUGGAAGCAGGGGAGGAGGACAAGGAGCAUACCGAGGUCGGACAUCUUCCUAUCAAGCUCGCCAACGGCGAAAUCGAGCAGCUGCCAGGAAAGACCCGGAUAGCCAUCCCAUCAGGUCCACCUGACAAGAAGAAGAAGAAGCAAGAACAAUCGGAUGCAGAGACAGAGUUUACGGAGUCCGAGGCGUCCGAGGACGAGGAAGAUCUCGUCGAGCGGAUUGCCGGGGCUCGAGGCAAGUUCGGGCGGAUGGGAAUCUCCGAGAUCUUGACGGCAGAUCUCGAUGGUGUGCAGUGGAAGGAGAGGACGAACAGAAGGCUGGGCAUGGCCAAGGAGCAGAUCGCCAAGAUUGGUGCCGAGAUUAUGAGUGGAGGAGAGCUGAUAGAUAUGGUGCCUCUAUUGACGAGAAUGUCGACUUUCUCUUUGGAGAAGGUCAAGUCUGGUGACGAGUAUGACACCAUCCUGCCUGUUCCAAACUCGAUCCGUGGUCUGGCCUUCUUGUCACAAUUGGCGGUAUACAAGGAUUUGAUCCCAGGCUAUCGGAUACGUGAAUUGACGGCACACGAAGAGGCGGAAAAGGUCCGAGACGAGGUCCGCCGCCUGCGAGAGGGAGAAAAGGGUCUUGUCAAGAGCUACAAGCUCUACCUGAAAACCCUCGAGACGGAGAUCAAGCGCAAAUCACCAUUGGCUUCGGUCAGCUUAAAGUGCAUGUGCGAUCUCUUGUCCUCGUUGCCUCACUUCAACUUUGCGGAGAACAUCAUGGGAGUCAUUGUCGGACGACUCAGCAAGCGGACGUGGGACAGUGACUCGGAACUCUGCCUUAGAACUGUCGUCAAGGUGUUCCGUGAUGACGUAACGGCACACUACAGCGCGGUCUUGCUUCGCUUGAUCGCUCGUAUGAUCAAGGAGCGUCGGUACAAGGUGCACCCCAACGUCUUGAGCUGUCUGUUGGCCCUGCGACUUCGGUCAGAGUUGAGCAGUCCGCACGAAACCAAGAACAAGGCCAGAUAUAACGACAAGAAGCCCGACGAAACCAAGGUCAAGAGCGAGAUUAGAAAGAAGUGGAUGAACAAGAACCGUAGAAAGGCGGAAAAGGAGCGACAAGAGGUCGAGAAAGAGCUGCAAGAGGCAUCCGCUGAAGUCGACCAGGAAGAGAGGUCGAAAGUGCAAACUGAGACGCUCAAGAACCUCUUUGUGCUGUACUUCUCCAUCUUGAAGCAGCCUAAGCGGUCACCACUGCUUCCUGCUGCCAUGGAGGGUAUCGCCAAGUUCGCGCAUCUCGUCAACAUCGAGUUCUUCCGAGAUCUGCUCAAGGUGCUCAAGAACAUCAUCAAAGGGGAUGGGAGCAUGGACGACGAGGACGAGGAAGACUUCGCUGGACCUGAUGUUGUGGGCAAAGGUAUCGAGACACGGUUGCGUAUGUUGGCCAUCGUGACAGCCUUUGAACUGUUGUCCGGUCAAGGUGAAGCCUUGACUCUCGACUUGGGAGAGUUUAUCGUACAACUGUAUGCGCUCCUCCAUCCCCUGUGUCUCGACACGAACAUCGAGCACGUCCCUAUCGCCAAGGGCAUCCCUAUCGCUCAAAAGCCUUCCGCCACCCCGAUCGACAACAAGAAGAAAAAGGGCCCGACCGACCGAUCAUCUACGGCAGAUUUGCUCUUCAGAUGUCUUCACCUCGUCUUCUUCUCUCGGCACGCUCACACGGCAAACUCUCCACCUUGGCGAGCGGCUGCGUUUGCAAAGAGACUACUGGAGUGCUCGCUUCACUUCCCCGCUGCUACCUCGAAGCGAUCCAUCGAGUUUGUCAAGAUGCUUGUAGGCAAGGAGCCCAAGCUAGAAGCGAUGCUCGCCACGGAAGACCGUACGGCGGACGGAGUUUACAGGUAUGACCUGGACGACCCGCAGUUGUCUAACCCGUUCGCCGGGAGUUUCUGGGAGUUGGGCAUGCUCGAGCGAGAUCACUGGGACGAGGAUAUCAGGAAGCAGGCGGGGCUUCUCGCCAACGGAAGAUUGGGUUAGAUGCGCUCUUACUUUCGAUAUCUCGCAAUAUUGUAGAAAAGCAGA